UUGCAGAUUCGUGAAGAUUUUGAAAACCGGUAUAAAAUUACCAAAGAUAAGCAAGAGCUAAGGAUACGAAGCGUAAAGUUUGGCGAUGAAGGAUCCUAUCGUUGUCGAGUGGUUAACGGUUUUGGACACUUUGAUAUGGUUUUUCAAGUUCAUGUUUACGACCCAAAAAGUUCCAGUUUUCUCGACUAUAUUACCAAAUCAGAGAGACGAAAAACGGCACCGAAAUGGUUAAAUGAAACGGAGGUUUUGAGGUUAACAAAGGAACCGAUACGGCUGUAUGAUGGAGAAAACUUUAUUCUACGUUGUUCAGCUGAGGGUCAUCCAAUUCCGGAAAUAACAUGGUUUAAAGAUGGCCAUGUCCUGUCUGCUGCAACAGAAUUGCUUUUGAAAAACGUCAACUCUUCAAUGUCUGGUGAAUAUACCUGUCGACUGUCAAAUCAGUACGGAACGCUAAACGCAACAUUUCAAGUUUGCAUUGGCAAAUAUCGCAACGCUCGACAUUGCAAAUUUGAGCUUCCCGAAAUUGAUCGAACCUCAAAUACGGUGAUGGUUGGACGAAAUGCAGAAUUUUUCUGUAAAUUCAAGAAAAUGACGAAUGAUCCACUAGAACCAGCCAUUCGGUGGCUUCGACUAGUAACUGACAACAUGGAACGACGAACGUCGAAUGAAAUUGUGUACGAAAAUAAAACCUUUUCAAUUAUUGAACAAGACCUCAGUAGUUUUGAUAAUAAGGGUAAUAUUUACAUGAAUCAUUUAACUAUUCCAAAUGUUCGAUACGAACAUGCCGGCACCUAUGUUUGCGCGGUACAAGCUGGAAGUACCAUUACCUAUACAACCGCAGCUCUUAGAAUUAUUCCAGGAGCAGAUCACGGGCCCUUUUCCAGUGCAUAUUUUUAUUUGGGUAUACCGUCGUUAGUCAUCAUAUUAAUGUUCGUAGCGUAUGCUGUACAUUUUCUGCACAAGAAUCAACAAACCGAUAAAACUGGAGAAACGUCACAUUUUAUACCAAAUGGUAUCAAACCGAUAAAUAAAACAAAAAACUCGUUUCCACCACCACCGUUGGUACCACCGCCACAAACUCCAGUAAAUUCUUAUAAACAACAACAGCAUACGCUUUCGAGAACUGCACCGAAUCCACAAUAUUUGGCGCAAGAUAUAUUUUAUAAUCAGUCACUUCAACAAAAAUGUUACCCACCAAUGCCUCAAUUAAUUCGUUCAAAAAGAUUGCCAUAUCAGACUUGUCUAAAUUCUGUUACUCAACCGUAUGCAAGCGAUGCAGUUAGUAACUUUUAUGAAACAACACCAAAGCAUUUCCAUUCAUCGCAGACGCUACCUGCGUCUGCGCGAAUUGAUCCUUCUGAUUUUGAGGCCGAUUAUUCACGAGGUAGAUUACCGUGUCCUACCGAAGUUGACGAUUACAGUGAGCAACGUCAACCGUUUUUGUCGCCGAAUGCUCUAUGA